GCACCUCGUGGACAGUCUUCAACUCAGCCAUAUUGGAUUUAUUGAAUGUCUCUGUUACACAAGGGCUCAAAAGUAGCCGUGAAAUUUUCGCAUAAUCCUCGUCAAAAAGAGGAUAAAGGACCAUGGAGUACAGUAUCCAGGUCAAAAACAAGUUCUCUCUGGCUCUCGACGAAGAUGAGGAUCCGCUAGAAGUCCUUAAAAUUCGCGAGCAGGAGAGGGAGCAGAAGAAGAAGGAAAAACUCUCCGAAAAGGCCAAGCAGCCGGAGCAGAAAAGUGCCGCUACCAAGCCCCCAAAAGCUCGUGUGAUUAAGGAUGCCCAGCAGCCAACCGAGACCCAAAAAAGUCAAGCUGACAAGAAACCUCAGCCAAGAUCUACUGGUGGAGAACGUAACGUAAAGUUCUCUGCUGAAUCAAGGGAGGAGCGCAACAACAGGCGCAACCGCGAAGAUGGGGAAAAGCCUGCUCGUAGCCAGAACGAUAACAGACGUGGACCUCCUGGCGAAGGUCGAGAUUUCCGAGAACCUCGCGAAUCUCGUGAUCAACCUCGCGAGUUCUCGGUACCUCGUCGUGAUUUUCGAGGAUCCGGUGAUAACGCACGCCCUGACUUCCGUGGUGGACGUGGGGGUGGCGGUGGACCUCGGACUGCCGGUGGCGUUUCCGGCGGCAGUGACCGUGCUGGCGUAGAACGUGGUGGUGAUCGUGGCGGCGAUCGUGGUGAACGUGGAUUGGGCCGUCCCCGCGGGCGUGGAGGUCGUGGUGGUUAUUACGAUAACCGUGGAAAACGUGAAUUUGAUCGGCAAUCUGGUUCCGACAAAACUGGAGUGAAACCAGUUGACAAGAAGGAUGGCGCUGGUAACCACAACUGGGGAUCUACCAACGACGAGAUUGAAGAAAUUUUGAACCCGGCAACUAAUGAUUGGGACACUGAUAAAACGGCGGAUCUCGAUGUGUCUACGGCGGCUGUUGAAGGCAAGGAAGGUGAGACGGCCAAUACCUCCUCGGAGGAGAAGCCAGCCGAAGAAGAGUCGCGAGAAAUAACUUUGGACGAGUGGAAGGCGAAACAGGGCAGUCGUUCUAAGCCCCAGUACAAUUUGCGCAAAGCUGGCGAAGGCGAAGACUUGACUCGCUGGAAGAAGAUGUACGCUCUUGAGAAGAAGAAGGAGGGCGAAGAGGAGGAUGAGGACGAGGAGGAUUAUGACGUCGCUACCGAGUAUCCUCAACGAGUUGGCAGACAGAAACGUGUUUUCGAUAUUGAUAUCCAAUUCAGCGAUAGCCGUCGUGGUGGUGGCGGUCGUGGAGGCCGUGGAGGACGCGGAGGACGUGGUGAUCGCGCCAAUGGUGGUCGUGGAUUCGGAGGCCGUGGUGGUCCACCAAGGGAUGCUGCUGAGCCUCGCGGUCCUCCUAUUGAGGAUGCUUUGAAAUUGCAGGCUGUGGUGCCGGAGCAACGAUCGCCUCGUGGCCGUCAGAACGCUCCAAAGGUGGACGACGAGCAUGAUUUCCCAUCUUUGGGAUAAUUGUGUCAGGUAUACACCACCAACAAAUCCACAAGAAAUUACAUCAUCAUCAACAAUACGAGAUCUUGAACUACUACACUACUUGCUACAGCUCUACUACUACUACUACUACUA